AUGGACAGAGAGCCACCGCAGCUCCUCGCUCUGUUGCCCGCACCGCAAGAGAUGGCAGUCAGCAGAGAAGAGCACCCUCAGCCAACCACCCCGGCACCUCAGCCACAUUUGCAGCAGUCGCCUCUGCAGCGGGAGCGGGAAAGGGCCACAGGCAAUGACCAAGCGGAUGUGGGGCCGAGCCAGUUUGACGCCCUCCAGUCGCAGUAUGGCUCGUCCAGUCAGCUGCCAGAUGACUUGACCCCAGGACCCAGAUCGAUGCAGCACCACCAGCCCGACACGCAGGCCAGCCAGCUGGGAGGGCUAGAUGAGCUAUUUGCCCCGCAGGCAAGCCAGAUGGGACCGGCUGCAGGCUUCAGAGAUCUCUUGGGGACUCCAGCAAGGGAAGAGGUGAGAGGCCAGCAGCAGCUGCAGGAGGGUCGCAGUGGAGCACCCCGGCUGAAGGGGUUUGUGGCAGCAGCCAAUCUUGGCGUGGGCGAUGUCAUCUCAUGCGCGUUCGCGAUCAGGGCACAGCAGCUUGGCCUGCAUGCGCAGCCGCCGGCCGCGCUUGAAGGCGCGCCCAGCACCGAUGCCGAGCCCCUCUUUGGCAGGAUUCUAGCGUAUGCAGGCAGCAUGUCCCCGCUGCUAGGGAGCAGGCAGGAUGGGGAAAGCGGCUCCGGUGCUGUUGUGGGCGGUGGGGCCGGAGAGGGGGCUCCAGAGGAGCAGGCAUUGUUGCGGCAGCAUGGGCAGCGUGCCGGGUUCUCGUGGGUGCCUCGCUCCCUGGCGAAUGCUCAGAGCCUGGGCUUGCCUCGGCGGAUCUGCUGGCCUCUGCAGCUCCAUGCAAGGCCAGAGGAAGUGGUGGCAGGUGUGGCCUCUCCUGAGGCUGCCAAGGAGCUGGAGGCUCUUCUGAAGGACGCGCCAGACCUGCAGGGCAUCGCCUUUGUGGCGCCUGCCCCUGAUGACCUCACAGCGUUGCAGAGGCAGCCUGGGAGUGGAGGUCACUGCAUAGAGAGCGCCCUCAUGCUGAGGCUAGACUUCUUGGGCCACCUGCACCUGCAAGGCUUCCGUCUGCCCUGGGCUACCAAACAACCUGCUGCAAGCUUGAAGGAGGUUGGGGUGGAGGAGCACAGGUCUGCUCUGGCUUCUAUCAUUCAGCGCCGGCAUCCCAGCCUGCAGGCAGACUAUGUCAUUGGAAAAGAGGUCUCUCUGGAAAAGAAUGCAGAGGAAGGUUCAUACAGCGACCUUCUGAGAGCAGCAGAACAGCCUGACGGUCUGACGGAAAAGGAUCUCAUCUGCGAUCUCAGCAUCCACCAUGGCAUUGCUCGCAAGGCCAUGCAGGACUGGAAACACUCUGCAGGGGAUGGUGGCAUAUCAGAGCAUGGCGCAUCAAGGUCAGCACAGAGGGAGCUUCUCUCACAGCUGCUGGCUGAAACAAAAGUGAAGGCCUUCCUAUCUCCCACACAGGUGCCCCUGACUGUGUGGGAGGUGUGCAUGGAGCUGCAAAAGAUGCAGCAAGGCACUGCCCUGGAGGAGGCUUCUGAAGAAGAUGCAGGAGCCACAUCUCCUGGAAUGUUGGAAUGCAAGGGGGGUGAACGACGGGCUCUGAGGAGGCGCAUGGGCUCCAUCCGGCAGGGCGUGCAGGCGAUCGAGGUGGGCAGGGGCCAGCAAGCUCGGCUGUCCAAGUGGGAGAAGGCCCGCAGCGACCCUCGCAGCAUCAUGGGCAACUGCUUCCUGAAUGCUCACAGCGAGGUGGAGGAGGAUGCAGCAGGGCUCCCCAGCCAGAUCAGAGAUGUGACUGCUGCACUGUCCGCUGCUCUAUACGAGGCUGACCUGCCCCAUGGCAAGGAUGCGCCCAUGCGGUGUGCUUUCACGGAUGGGCUGAGCAAUCCUGCCAGCACAAGCCUGCUUCAUUCUGGAGACAGGAAGGCACAAGCGGAAGCUGAGGAGGUGGGCCCAGACUCCCAAAUGACAACUGCCAGCCAGGAAGUGAGCAUGCACAGCUCCGAGCUUCCCCCUGACAAUGUUGCCAGGCCACCUAUCGACAGGAUACUCGGGAAUGGGUUGGUCUUGACGCCACAGACGCGGCUGCAGAGCAUGUUUGGUGUCCCUGUCAGAACCUCGGUGCUGGAGCCUCAGAUCAUCAUGCAGCGUACAAAGGUGGUUGACCCCAUUACUGCAGACGCAUUGGCUGAUCUGGAGACGGACUGGCUGCAAGCUGAAGGCAAUUUGCAGCCGUCAAGUACGCCAGGGCAGAAAGAUCCUGCCUCUGCCCAUGGUCACCAGGUGCGGAUUCAUCGGCAGCUCAGCAUCACGAUCUCCUGGCCUGAAGCCUAUAGUAUAGAAAUCAAUAAAUAGUGCCAUCCUUUCAUGCUCUGUGCAUGCUUCCAGGUCUCUGGAGAUCGCCUGCUCCUCACACAGCAGAGCACUCCAGCCACACAACAGAAGAGGGUGUCCUUUGCCCCAGGCAGCCAAUUGCCCUCUGGGGCCCGGCCAAGCGGACGGCAGGCUAAGAGGAACCGGAUCAGUCAGGAAGAGGGCUUCAGCUAAUUCUGGUAGUUGCUGCGGAUUGGAUGGACCAUGGCCCACAUGGGUCAGGCGUUAUCAUUGGAGGAUAUUGUGUGUUGUGUUGACUCAUUGAGGACACUGUUGAGGAAGCUGCGGCAGAAUCCCCACUGAUUGGACUUUGAAUAUCCCAAAACGCAUGAAGAUAGAGGACAUGGAAUGUUGUAGGAACUCAAUGUGAUCCUCAGCUCAACCAUACACAAACGCAACCAGUGAGCUCAACUUGAAUCAUUGAAACCAUCUUUUGCAGAGUGAGACAAGUCUUGUGAGCUUUUUGAAGUUAGUCUACACUUAUUAUAAUAUGAGUAAUUACAAUUUGAUG